GCAGCGCCGAGUCUCUGACCUGAAACCUCCAUAAUGCAUGGGGGCAAGAGAGGGUUGGUGGCUCCACAGAACACUUUCCUGGAGAAUAUAGUCCGGCGGUCCAGCGAAACAAGCUUCCUGUUGGGAAAUGCACAGAUCCUGGAGUGGCCAGUCGUUUACAGCAAUGAUGGAUUCUGCAAGCUGUCUGGAUACCACAGAGCAGAGGUGAUGCACAAGAGCAGCACAUGCAAUUUCAUGUAUGGUGAUCUGACUGAUAAAAAUACGAUAGACAAAAUCAAACAAACAUUUGACAGCUAUGAGUCUAAUUUCUAUGAGGUGCUGCUGUAUACAAAGAAUAAAACACCAAUAUGGCUUUACAUGCAGAUAGCCCCAAUCAGAAAUGAAAAUGACAAGGUGGUGCUUUUCCUCUGCACCUUCAGAGACAUCACCCUGUUCAAACAGCCAAUUGACGAUGAGUCCACAAGAGGGUGGACAAAGUUUGCCAGGCUCACACGAGCACUGGCCAACAAUCGAAACCUGGUGCAGCAGUUAACACCGCUCAAUAAGUCAGAGGUCAGCCACAAGCCCUCUAGACUGGCUGAGGCUCUCCAGCUGGGAUCAGACAUUCUCCCUCAGUACAAGCAGGAGGCCCCUAAGACCCCUCCACACAUCAUCCUCCACUACUGCACUUUCAAGACCACUUGGGACUGGAUCAUCCUCAUCCUCACCUUCUACACUGCCAUCAUGGUACCCUAUAAUGUUUCCUUCAGGACCAAGCAGAACAACUUGGCCUGGCUGGUUGUGGACAGUGUUGUCGAUGUCAUCUUUUUGAUUGACAUUGUGCUCAACUUCCACACCACCUUUGUGGGUCCAGCUGGAGAGGUGAUUUCAGAUGCCAAGCUCAUAAGAAUGAAUUACCUAAAGACGUGGUUUGUCAUUGACCUGCUGUCCUGCCUGCCCUAUGAUAUCAUCAACGCCUUUGAAAACGGUGAUGAUGAUAUCCUCACACAUGCCUCUUCCACGGGUCAUCUUCAUGAGUCACAUUUCCACAGAAAUAGCACACGGACUGAAGACUCCGUUCUCCCAGGUCUCAGCAGUCUCUUCAGUUCCCUUAAAGUCAUCCGCCUGCUCCGUCUGGGCCGCGUAGCCCGAAAACUGGACCACUACCUGGAGUAUGGAGCUGCAGUCCUGGUCCUGCUGGUGUGUGUCUUCGGCCUGGUGGCUCACUGGCUUGCCUGCAUUUGGUACAGCAUUGGGGACCACGAGGUCAUUGAUGAGACCACCAACACCAUUAAGACAGACAGCUGGCUCUACCAGUUGGCACUGAGUAUUGGAACUCCUUACCGCUACAACACUAGCGGUAAUGGCCGGUGGGAAGGAGGUCCUAACAAGGACACGCUGUACAUUUCUUCUCUCUACUUCACCAUGACUAGCCUGACCACCAUUGGAUUUGGUAACAUUGCUCCAACAACAGAUGGCGAGAAGAUUUUCUCCGUGGCUAUGAUGAUGGUGGGCUCGCUGCUAUAUGCCACAAUCUUUGGAAACGUCACCACCAUCUUCCAGCAGAUGUACACCAACACAAAUCGCUACCACGAGAUGCUCAACAAUGUGCGUGACUUCCUUAAGCUUUACCAGGUUCCCAAAGGUCUGAGCGAGAGGGUCAUGGACUUCAUCGUCUCCACCUGGGCCAUGUCGAAGGGCAUUGACACAGACAAGGUUCUCUCCAUCUGUCCUAAAGACAUGCGUGCAGACAUCUGCGUCCACCUCAACAGACAGGUGUUCAAUGACCAUCCAGCUUUUCGCCUGGCAAGUGACGGCUGUCUGCGCUCUCUCGCCGUGGAGUUUCAGACCACACACUGUGCACCUGGAGACCUCAUCUUCCACAUCGGGGAGAGCGUUGAUACGCUCUGUUUUGUAGUCUCGGGUUCACUCGAAGUCAUCCAAGAUGAUGAGGUCAUCGCAAUACUAGGUAAAGGUGACGUGUUUGGAGAUGCAUUCUGGAAAGAGACCACGCUGGCUCGAGCCUGUGCGAAUGUGCGUGCUCUGACGUACUGCGACCUGCACGUCAUCCGGAGAGAGGCUCUGAUGCGGGUGCUGGAGUUUUACACCGCAUUCGCCAACUCUUUCUCCCGCAACCUCAUCCUCACCUGUAAUCUGCGAAAACGGGUCAUCUUCAGGAAGAUUGCCGAUGUGAAGAGGGAGCAGGCGCAUCAGAGUGACGUGACUCUGUCCAUUCCCGAAGACCACCCGGUUCGCAAGCUGUUCCAGAAGUUCAGACAGCACAGAGACUCUCAAACAGGAGAGUCCAACACUUACUUAGAUCACAACUGUGUGCAGGUGGAGAUGCAGCAGCACCCCCAGCACCACACUGACUCAAACUCUUACACUCAGCCCAGUCACUCAGCAUCUCCUCAGCAGCGGCAGGAGAACACCUCAGCAGGAGGGGGGAACAGUUGCAACAUGCCCGAAAAGUCAGAGCAAAGGUGCACAAUGGAGGCGGUGGGGUCUGCAUCAAAGCCUUGUCCAGAGAGCCGGUUUGGUCAGAGCAGUGGUGCAGGUGGAGAGGGUAACGCAGGGAGCGGCAGAGGUGUGAGAGGCUGGGCAAAGUUUAGAAAUGCCACAACUGCUGAGCCAGCACGUCCUCCUGUCGAGCAGGAGAAGCAGACUCAGAAAGCAGACGAGUGGCCGAAAGGAUCGCAGUCCUCAGAACAGAUCGCAGCCCCCAAAAAGAACCACGAAUCAGGGGGAGGUGGAGAGAGGGGAAGCACAGAGGGCAGCAACAGUGCAGGUGAGGAAACAAGCGCCCUGCACAAAACCGACUCCUGCGACAGUGGUAUCACAAAGAGCGAUCCACGCAUCGACCGAGCAGGAGAUUCAAGAAGCUCCUUCGAGCGAAGCCCGAUGGAACGGAGCCCCAUGGAGAGAAAUCCAUUCGAGCACAGCCUCGGGGUUUACGCCGAGGUCUCCCUCAGACACUCAUUCGUGCAGCCGCUGUCUGAACAAGCACUGCUUCAAGCGACGCUCCACGCGGCCAAGCUGGAGCUGAAAGCAGACAUUCAGAUACUGAGCGGGCGACUGUCGCUGCUCGAGGCUCAGGUGAGCGAGAUCCUCAGGCUGCUGUCGGUAAAAAGACUCUCACUGCCGCCAGCGUCCUCUCCAAAAGCAAGACGGAAAAGUCAAGACUCGGUCACCGCCUCCAGGCCGGCUUCACCCAAAACAGACGACGAGGAUCUUUAAAUUUUCUCACUUAAUAAAAAAAUAAAGGAUUAGAUAAGCAUUGUGCAUGUCCUGCUGGACUACAAGUUUUAAUACUUGAUUGCAUGCAGAAAUGUUACCUUAGCACCACAAGAAUCCAGGGAUUUAUCUUAUACUGUAGCUUUUAACUUAUGAGACACUUGUGUGUGAGAGGAAGCAGGGACAAGUAAUGAACAACAAGCACAAAAAGGAAAUGAUGCUUGAUGAGGUGCUUGGCAAAACAUGCAAGUUUGAUGAAAAUAAGAUGGAGGAGUUCUUUACGUUUCUGGAAGUCAGUUUACAGUUUUGAGGGGUUUUUGUUUGUUUGUUUUCUUGGUAGAAAACCUUGAAGUUCACAUUUCUAUUUUGUGGACAAGCUGAAGCUCAGUGAGCAUUUCAACAUGCACAGUGUAUUAUAAAUACACAGCUUUAUCUUAUUUAGGAGGGAAAUCCAGAGUUUUUGUUGCUCAUCCUCAGUGGAGCGACUACCUUCAGAGUUAAUUAUCAGGUAAUUAAAUGUGCCUUACAAUAGCAAAGCCUCACUGCGAGCUGUUUUGAUGAAAUCUAAUGUUAUAUAGACAUAUAUAUCUAUAUGCAUUGUCUUAUUUAAAAACUCAUUUCCCGUGCAUGUAAAAAUAAAGGACAGCAAUGCAAUAAUUCCACUUUUACAUUUUUGUUAAAGGUUUCUUUUCCUUCAGGAUGCAAACAUGUCACCAGGUUAUUGCAGCAGACUCAUUGUGAAUUUUUCUUCACGUAGCUUUGCAUCUUGCUCAGGUAUCUUUGUUCUCAGACUGAAUUUGAACGAUUUCUAUUUAUUAGCCAUUUUGUAAGAUAAAUGGUACUGCAUAUCCUGUUUUAAUCAUUUAAAUGAUGGUUCACUAUGCAUAUCUAAAGGGAAAGUGCACUAAACUCAGUUUGUUCAUAUUUUUUUUGGUGGAUUAUAAAACCACUGGGCAAAUUCUGUGUGAACUGUAAGGUUCCAAGCAUGUGACUGUUAAGUAUGUCUGUUCUAUGUUACGUUCAGAGACGACCUUGCAUGCAUCCGAGGGAGCCUGUCAACUGUGAAAUGAGUAAUGAAAAGUAAU